GGAAUCAAAGUUGGAACAACGUCGUGUCCAUGCUAGAGAAAAAAGAAGUGCACUGACUGAACAGGAGAUAGAUAGAGAUCUGGAACGUCGUCGUAAUGUUUACCAAAGGCGGCGGCAACAAACAGUGGUAGGAAUUGAGGGGAACCUGCCCACAAGGUUCAGUAAUCUUCGCCAAAGCCCCGGGUUCCUCAAUCGAGAUAGAAUGGAUGAACCAGGACCAAGUACUACUGGUGCUUCAACAUCUACAACUUUUACUUCCCAAGCAACAUUCAUUCCACGGCGAAGCCCGAGAAUUUCAGGGCAAGUUGAACGCCGAGAAGUGGAUAUCGAGAAAGAAAGAGAUAUCCAUCAGGGAAUGACAGGGGCAAGUUUCAGCAAUAACUCUAAAGGUAAGGCAGUGGCUUUGGUUCCUGGGAUUGUUGAGCAUCAGCAUGGUGAUGUGCACGCUGCCGAGGCCUCCCGAAAGAGAAAGGGUAAAUCGGUUGCGGUAUACCAGGCACCGAAACAACGCCGAGCAAACAACUGCGUACCUGGUAGAAACACUUCGAAAGCCAUAGUCAUUGGUUCAAGAGAUGGAGAGAACGACAACCGUGAUCAAGUGGAUCACGAUAUCAGUAGUGACGAUGGGGAUCAUUACAAGAUAGAUACAAGUGACGAUGAUGUUGUGGCAGAUGAUGCAAACCAAAUUAGAAGAUCUGUCUGACCACAUGACAACGAAGCCGGAACGAGUACAAGUAGCACCGUUUCUGAGAUGGCGAUUCUCCGUCGAAGCCCCAGACUUCGCGAGCAACCUCAACGUCCAAGAAAAUGGAUGUAAUAUGUGUGGAUUGUGGAGCGAUGCACUUCAUGUUGGAAAAUAUACUAAGUAACAAUGCAGGGGACAUGUUAAUGUAAGAAGCAACAAAUUUAUGCAAGUCAGUUACUCAAACUUCUACUAAAACCCAUUGAGACAUUAAUACAAACACCUAGUUUGCACAGAAAUGUAUACAGAUGUUAACACACUUCAACACCAAUUUGUAUACCACACCUGAUAUGAUAGAUUAUUCAAUCAA